GCGGCGAUGGCGGGAGGGAAGCAGGGCGAGCCGAACCCCGAGGCGUUCGUGUACGGCGAGGAGGACUUCGUGCUGCAGGCAGCCGGCUGGGGCGACCCGGACUCCGCGCCCUCCCGGUUCGAUCGGGUGCUGCUGGCGAGCUGGAGCGAUCGUAUGGAGCGGGGGCUGUUCCGGUACCGGCUGGGCCCGCUGCCCACCCGCGUCCUGCCCGGCGCCGUGCGCCUCGUGGCGCAGCUGAACGAGCAGCGCAGCGCGGAGCGCCGCCCGCCGCAGCCCGUCCGCAGCCUCCGGGAUCCCUUCGACCCCGGCGCCUUCAACUUCACCCGGCUGCGCCCCGCCGAGCUGCUGUUCCGCCUGCGCCGCACCGGAGGCCCGGGGCCGCCGCCCGAGCCGCUGCUGGUGGCCAUCAACGCCAGCCCGCUGGAGCGGGGACACGUCCUGCUGCUGCCGGAGCCGGCGCGGCGGCUGCCGCAGGUGCUGACGGCCCCGGCGCUGCACGGGGCGCUGGAGGCGGUGCUGCUCAGCGGCCACCGCGGCUUCCGCGUGGGCUUCAACGGGCUGGGCGGCGGCGCCUCGGUGAACCACCUGCACCUGCACGGGUUCUACCUGGACCACCCGCUGCCGCUGGAAGAGGCGCCGGCCGAGCCGCUGGGGCCGCGCCUGGGGCUGCUCCGCGCCGGACCGGCCCCCGCCUUCCUCUUCUUCGCCCCCGGCCCCGCGGCGCUGGAGCCGGUGUCGCGGGCCGUGUGCCGGGCGGCAGAGCACCUGGGCGGAGCCGGGCUGGCCUACAACGUGCUGGCCACGCGGGGCGACCCGCCGGCGGGGCCCGGGGCCGGAGGCGGCCGUGGGCUGCGGGUGCUGCUGUGGGCGCGCCGGCCACUCUUCGGCCCCAAGGCGGGUGAGCCUUUCGCCGUGGCGUUGUGCGAGCUGGCAGGGCUGCUGCCGCUGCCCGCCGAGCCGCUCUACCGGGACAUCACCGAGGUGCAGGCCCUGAGCGCCAUCCGCCAGCACCUGCUGCCCGAGCCCGAACUGCUGCACCUGGGCGGGGAGCUGGCGCGACUGCUGGAGAACUGAACCGAUGGCACGGGCAGCGGCUGCUGGAGAGCUGAACCGAUGGCACGGGCAGCGGCUGCUGGAGCGCUGAACCGAUGGCACGGGCAGCGGCUGCUGGAGCGCUGAACCGAUGGCACGGGCAGCGGCUGCAGAGCUGAAC